UAAUAAUUUUAUAAAGGUAUUUAUCGUUUUAUUUUAAUAUUUCAUUUUUUAAAUUUGUAUACUUGUUUUUGGCAAAUAAUUUGUUUCUCAUAUAAAAUUAAUGUAACCAAAAUAAUAAUAACAACUAAUUCUAUUGUCAAAUUGCCAUUAUACAAGAAUGACUAUAAUUUCGUUAAUUCAAAAAUGAAAUAAAUAUUUUUAUUUAUUCUUAAAAUUAGAAAACUGUAGGAAUAGUGCUUCAAAAAUUUAGAUAAUAAUAAUGGUAUAGUAUAUGCGAUCUAUUACAUUUGAAUUUAUAAAUAUAUCAGUGUAUAUGAACACAAUUGUUCAUUCAAAAAUCGAAAUAAUACUGAGAAAGAUUAGUUUUAUUAGACUCGAAGAAAAAAAGUCUAACGAUAUAAAGCUAUCAGUUUGUUUGUUACACAUAGUCUACAAGUUCACGAAGCAACUUGUAUAUACAUAUAAAUACAUAAAAUAUACUAAUGAAAUAAAACUUGUACAAACAUAAUUAUAUUAUGUUUUUUGUAAAUACUGCUAUUUUAGUAUAACAUUAGCAAUAUGGAACUUUAAUUUUUAACAUUAUACAUAUAAUUGUAAUUUAAUAAGAUUCUUUGUCUGUUAAUUUGUAUUAAUUUUUUAGAAACUGAAAUUUCACUGUCACUUUGAGAAGUAAUUACACGAAUAUUUGUUGCAGCCACUUAACGAGAAUUUAUUCCCAAUACUGUUUUCUAUUGUUAGUAAUGCUGCCACAUUAAAUAAGUCUUCCUGAGUGUCUCGCUUUGUCACUUUUUACGAUAAAACUCUGAUUAUAAAAGAGACUGAAUUGUUUGAUUUAAAUCAUUGUGAAAUUGAACAUUAAUGAAGGAAGAAAAUAUUCCCCUUAUUAAAAAAUGGACAAAGUCAGUAGACAAAAGAAGAAGAAACAAAUUUCAAAAAGAUCAAAAAGUGGGGUUCUAAAGAUGAGGUAAUGACGGUCUUAUCGUAACACGUCGAUAUAAGGUGAUGGUGAUCACUCAAAUGGUGGUCACUCAGUCGAAGGAUUUGGUGUGUACAGAUCUUUCCGGUAGUGAACGGUCAUAGAAAAUUGUGCGGCCUCUUUUUAAUUAAUUUAUUUAUAAAAGCGUUAUAUAUUUUAUUUAAAAACUGCAAAUUUUAUUUCUUAUUCAUUGUUUCACACUGUCAAUAAUUAAAAGAAAAAAAUGACUUUAUCUGCUUGGAAAACCUGCUGAUGAUAGAAAGGAAAUUUGUUGGAAAUAUUUAUGAAAAUAAACUGAAACGAAAUAUGAAACAAGUAUUAAAUAUGUAUACCGCAAGACAUGAACUAUUUAAUCCAAUAAUAAAUCAUUGACCGUGCUCAUAAAGAGUACUAUAUGAUUUCAGACGAGUAUUGCACUGAUAAGAUUAAUAAUUUAUCAACAUAAUUUGUAUGUGCAGUUGUCAUAAAUAAUACUGGAUUAGUUACUUGAGAUUGUGCAAGCUUCAACAUUCCACAGCGAUGGGUCUUCGCGGUUAUGGGUUUUUUAGCUCUAUUUAUUGCUUACGCAAUGAGAGUAUGUUUAUCGAUAGCCAUAACAGAGAUGGUAAUACCACAAACGGAUAAUGGUACAAAAACGGAAGAAGGAACAUGCCCCAUUGACAAAAAUGACCCUCCUAAAGAGAGUACAGUUGGAGGAACCUAUGCGUGGGAUGAAGAAACACAGGGAAUAAUUCUGUCCUCCUUCUACUGGGGCUACGUGGUGACCCACCUUCCAGGAGGCAUGCUAGCUGAAAGUUUUGGGGGGAAGUACUCUUUAGGACUUGGAAUACUUUCUACAGCCAUUUUCACUCUAGUCACUCCUGUUGCUGUAGAAUGGAAAGGUUCAACAGCAUUAAUAGUUUUACGGAUCUUGAUGGGUCUUGGAGAAGGCACUACGUUUCCUGCACUAAAUGCGAUGCUUGCUCAAUGGACUCCACCGGAGGAGCGCUCAAAGAUUGGAUCCAUGGUUUUCGCUGGAGCCCAACUCGGAACUGUUUUUGCAACCACAUUAUCGGGACUGAUUCUUCAUUAUUCUACUAUGGGAUGGCCGGCAGUUUUUUAUGUGUUUGGCGCAAUAGGAAUUCUGUGGUUUCUUAUUUGGAUUUUCAUUUGUUACAAUAAUCCAAGUGAGCAUCCUUUCAUAAGCGAGGGAGAACUGAAAUAUCUUCAAGAUCGUCUAAGUGCACAUACCCAUAAGAAACCACCACCAGUACCGUGGAAACAUCUUCUCACCAGUGUGCCUGUUUGGGCUUUAAUAGCUGCGCAAAUUGGGCAUGAUUGGGGCUUUUUUACCAUGGUUACGGACCUUCCAAAAUAUAUGAGCGAUGUCAUGAAGUAUCCUAUAAAAAGCAAUGGAUAUCUCUCCUCUUUGCCUUAUCUGUGCAUGUGGUUUUGCAGCAUUGUCACUUCCUGGCUAGCCGACUGGAUGAUCACUUCUAAUAUGAUGUCAAGAACUAAUGUUCGUAAACUAGGAACUACGAUCGCAUCUAUAGGUCCGGGACUUUUUAUCAUUGGAGCCUCUUAUUCAGGAUGUGAUAGGACGAAUGUUGUUGUCUUAUUCACUCUUGGCAUGACACUAAUGGGAACCUUCUAUCCCGGCAUGAAAGUAAACGCUCUUGAUUUAAGUCCAAAUUAUUCUGGAACUCUAAUGGCACUCGUUAAUGGAAUUGGCGCACUCACGGGAAUCAUUACACCACUUAUUGUUGGAGCUCUCACGCAUAAUAAAUCUUUAACUGAAUGGCGUACUGUUUUUUGGAUUGUUCUCGUCGUCUUUAUUAUCACAAAUAUUAUUUUCAUUGUCUACGCUAGUGGCGAAGUUCAAGACUGGAAUGAUCCAGAGUUUUUAUGGAGGGAAAAAGAGGAAAAAAUAAAGAAGGCAGCAGGCGAAUCGAUGAAUGACAAAUUUGAACUUAGGGGGGAAAAAUCUUAAAACUCUAAAUAUUACAUGUAAAUGCGAAUCAAAGAGAUUUGACAUCUUGUCCUAAGAGCUUAUUUACGUCUAUUUUAGAACAAAUUAAUAUGCUUGUUAUUUAAAUUAGAAAGUAAAUACUUCUGCGUGUCGCAUCCCAAAAGACGCAAGGAAACAGUUGGAAAGAAAUUAUUAGAAAGUUUUCAGACAUUUACACUAAAAAUUUUUCAAUAUUAAAUUAUGCUGCUAUAAAUAAGAAAAUAUCCUGCAAAAUUUCAAAGGUUUUUUAAUUUAUAUGUUGCAACUUGCACUAAGUAACUUGUGCAUCAGAGUGGAUAAAUGAUGAUUUCAACAAUUCAUGCGAUAGUCGCAUAAAUAUAAUAUAAUUAUAUGUACAACCAGUUCCCGUUUGUAUACCUAAUACUUAUUUAAACAGCAAUGCAAAAUAAUUCUCAUUAAAACUACUGGUGCAAUAAAAUUCUUAUAGAAAUUUCAGUGCAAUUGAAAUUUCCUACGCAAUGAGAUUCCUAUUCAACAAGAAAUUUAAAUUACGAAAAGAAAUGAUAUUGCACCGAAAGUUAAAUAAAUUUUUUAUAUUCAUUAUUUAUAUGAACGGGAGUGUCGCACCUAAAUUAUAUGGAGAGACUGAGUUUAAAAGUAUACAUACAUAUACAUAUAUAGGUAUGCUGCUAUGAAUGUUUAAAGAAAAAAAUGUUAACAUAUUAAGAAGAUUAUAAUCUUUCUUACAAUUCUAUUGAUUGAAAACAAUUUGAGUAUUUUAAAAUUCGUUAUGAAAGAAUGUUAAUUGCUACAUCAUUUAAUAUUACGUAUUACAAAUGCAAGCUACACGUUGAUUAAAGGCUUUCAAGAAUUUUAGAAUUUCAAAUAGAUGAUUACAUAUAGUAAAUUUCAAUUUUAUAAUUAUAUUUCUGCAUAAUUUUACUGUGGUUUUAAAAUCUACAAAUACGAGAAUGGAAAUUUUUAGGCCCUGUCCACUUUUUUAAGAGGACAAAAGUUAAUGCAAAUAAUAUAUUUACAACAUUAAUGAGCUUUUUGUAGAGGCAGCGCAACAGCUUCAGAGUUGAUAUUAAAUUAAGUAAGCUAUAUAUAGUGAUGAAAAAUCAUAACUUAUUAUUAUACAAUUUAUACACAUUUUUAAUGUUAUAUUUAUGCACACAAGUCUUUCUUGUUAUCCCUGUGCUUUUGAAUUGGUUGUUUGAGUCACGAAAAUGAUACAUUAUGACCAAUGAUAGCAACAAAAAAUUAAGAUAAAAUUCGAAUAUCUUUUAAUUUCAAGUCAUUUUAUAAAUUUAAGGAUAAAUUCACUGGUUUUUUGCACUUGUCUAAAUUAAAUAAUAAGUGAAGCUAUCAUUUCAAUUUAAGGAUAAAAAAUUUUUUUUUAUAUGAAUAUAAAAAAAAAUUAUAAUAAGACUUGUCUACUAGAAAGAACAGGGUUUCUUGUAAAUAGUACAUUUUUCAUAAAGAUGUAAAUAAAGAUAUAAUUUUACUUAUAUGUAAUGUAUGUAUGUAUAUAUAUAUAUAUUAUUAAGAAGAUUGUAAAAUAUUAAAUACUCUUUUACAGUUUAUAUUAAAAAAAUUUUUAUUAUAUUCCAAUAAAGCAAAUUACAUCAGAAAUUUAUUAAAGGAUAUUAAAAAACCUCAGAUUGAAAAUAUAAAAGCAUAUAGAAAAGGUGAAAAACUUGAAAAAAAUGUGUUUAAAUAUAUAUAUUUAGAUAUAACUAGUUUCUGAAGUUCAACUGUAGGUACAUGCGGUAUUGCGCACAUCGUUCAGUAUCGAUUUGCGAGGGAUGCUGGAGGAUGUUGAGCAUAGUUUCAAAUGAAAACUGACUAGGAUAGUUCUGUUGUUCCACUCAUACAAGAAUUUUGAUAGAUACUGUCAACAAUAAAUAAUAGUGUUUUUAUACAUUUUA